UUCAACCAGUGAAAGUUUUGUUUUGACCUAAUGGUAGGGAGGGUUGGGUUUGUGUGUGUUUUUUUCAAUUGUCGUUGUUGGCUGGUUUUUUUAAGGUCUUUUUUUUUUCUAUUCACCUUUUUUUUUUUCUUAUCUUCACAAAGCCAAGCCAUCAGGCCCCCUCUGGGCUUUUCCAGAAAGGUGAGUCUGAGUUGAGGAAAGAGGCUCUCCUUUUAUUGAGAGGGGAGGAAUAGAGGCAAAGGGGUGAAAGGGUGGGUCUUGGGCACAAGGUUUGUACCAUGUGAAUAAAAAGCUGUUUCCAAUUUCUCUUCCCCAGGCCUGAAACCAGUCUUGCGGAUACUUUGGAGUGAACGUUGGAUGACACAAUCCUGGGCCAUGCCGGGCAUCGGGGAGCCGGGGACUGGGAGUCUCAGCCAUGGCCUGUCAGGAGAAGCCCCUGGGUGCUGGUCUCCCCUGUUGAGCAUUGAUUGGAGGAGGUGCUCGCUGAGGUGAGGAAAUGCGGCCACCAAUUCUUGGACAACCUUAACACCGCACAACCUUCAAGCCCCCCAGAAGAACCUGAGAACCUCCCUGUCAUUGCAUCCUAGUAUUUAAAACCUGAGACUGUUGGGAUCAAGGAAACUUGGGGGUUUCAAAGUCUGGCACCAAAAGGCAGGGCCCCGCACCUGCCAGCUCUGUGAUCUGGGACAAGUUUCUUGACUACUUCGCGUCUCCAUUUUGUUCACCUGUGUAAUGGCCAUGAUGUCAAGAUGGACCUCAACGGGCUUUGCCUGACUUUGGACAAGGACCCAAUGCCCAACCCCAGGCCUGCCAAGCCCUUGGCCCCUUCCUUGGUGCUCAGCCCAUCCCCAGGAGUCUCGUCCAGCUGGAGGGCUGCACCCAAGGCCUCAGACCUACUGGGGGCCAAGGGCCCGGGGGCAACCUUCCAGGGCCGGGACCUCCGAGGUGGGGCCCAUGCCUCCUCCUCCUCCUUGAACCCCAUGCCACCAUCACAGCUGCAGCUGCCCACAGUGCCCCUCGUCAUGGUGGCACCUUCUGGAACACGGCUGGGUCCUUCGCCCCACUUGCAGGCACUCCUCCAAGACAGGCCACACUUCAUGCACCAGCUCUCAACAGUGGAUGCCCAUGCCCGGACUCCCAUGCUGCAGGUGCACCCACUGGAAAGACCAGCUAUGAUCAGCCUCCCGCCACCCACUGCUGCCACUGGGGUCUUCUCUCUCAAGGCCCGGCCUGGCCUGCCACCUGGGAUCAACAUGGCCAGCCUGGAGUGGGUGUCCAGGGAACCAGCAUUGCUCUGCACCUUCCCAAGCCCUGGUGCACCCAAGAAAGACAGCACCCUUUCGACCGUGCCCCAGGGCUCCUACUCACUGCUGGCAAAUGGUGUCUGCAAGUGGCCCGGAUGUGAGAAGGUCUUUGAGGAGCCAGAGGACUUCCUCAAGCACUGCCAGGCAGACCAUCUCCUGGAUGAGAAGGGCAGGGCACAGUGUCUCCUCCAGAGGGAGGUGGUGCAAUCUCUGGAGCAGCAGCUGGUGCUGGAGAAGGAGAAGUUGGGUGCUAUGCAGGCCCACCUGGCUGGGAAGAUGGCCCUGACCACGCCUCCAUCCGUGGUAUCAUCUGACAAGGGCUCCUGCUGCAUUGUAGCUGCUGGCACCCCGGGCACCACCCUUCCGGCCUGGCCUGGCCCCCAGGAGGGCCCCAAUGGCCUGUUUGCUGUGCGGAGGCACCUCUGGGGCAGCCAUGGACAUAGUACAUUCCCAGAGUUCUUCCACAACAUGGACUACUUCAAGUUCCACAACAUGCGGCCCCCGUUCACCUAUGCCACUCUCAUCCGCUGGCUUACACUGCAGACAGAGCCCCUCAUUUAUUUGGGAUCGAAGGCCCCAACCCCCAGUACUGUCCCCAAUAAAGUGCAGCCAAGCUCCCAGUGUCUGGAUGUUCACCCCAAAUAA